AUAAAAACAAUAAUUUAUUCCCAACAAUUUUCCUAUAUAAGAACUUUGGACAAAGUUAUUUAAAUCAAUGUUCAAGAAGAUACGUUAGUGGUAAUUUCACAUAAAAAUGAAUUGUGUGUUGUUUACAUUGUUACUCGUAUCGGUGCAAAUUUAUUGUUCACCACUUCCGAAAUUCGAUGCUGGAAAAAAAGGCAACAAAGUCGAGGCAGUAGCCAAUUUCAUCAAUAAUGUGGCCACUGCUCAAACUGCAUCAGGAGGAGCUACUAUCGCCACCAAUAUUGCCGGUGCCAUUCAACAAGCUCAACAACAAAAAGUGGAAGCUAUUCAAACUGUAGCAAGCAAUGUAGCAGCUGCUCAACAACAGAAUACUCAAGCAGCAGCAGAGGUCUUAAGUAACAUCGCGAAUACUGUCGGACAGGCCGUUGCAAAUCAACAACAAGCUGCAGCUGAUGCAGCAAGUGCAGUUCAGCAAGCACAACAACAAAAAGUGGAAGUUAUUCAAACCGUAGCAAGCAAUGUUGCAGCUGCUCAACAACAGAAUGCUCAAGCAGCAGCAGAGGUUUUAAGCAAUAUCGCAAAUGCUGUCGGCCAAGCCGCGUCAGCCCAACAAGAAGCCAUUGCAAAUUUAGUAAAUAAUGCAGCCAAUGCCCAAGCUGGAGCGGCAGGUGCCUUUCAACAAGCCCAACAACAAAAAGUGGAAGCUAUUCAAACUGUAGCAAGCAAUGUUGCAGCUGCUCAACAACAGAAUACUCAGGCGGCAGCAGAGGUUUUAGGUAAUAUCGCAAAUGCUGUCGGCCAAGCCGCGUCAGCCCAACAAGAAGCCAUUGCAAAUUUAGUAAAUAAUGCAGCCAAUGCGCAAGCUGGAGCAGCAGGUGCCUUUCAACAAGCCCAACAACAAAAAGUGGAAGCUAUUCAAACUGUAGCAAGCAAUGUUGCAGCUGCUCAACAACAGAAUGCUCAAGCAGCAGCAGAGGUUUUAAGCAAUAUCGCAAAUGCUGUCGGCCAAGCCGCGUCAGCCCAACAAGAAGCCAUUACAAAUUUAGUAAAUAAUGCAGCCAAUGCCCAAGCUGGAGCGGCAGGUGCCUUUCAACAAGCCCAACAACAAAAAGUGGAAGCUAUUCAAACUGUAGCAAGCAAUGUUGCAGCUGCUCAACAACAGAAUACUCAGGCGGCAGCAGAGCUUUUAGGUAAUAUCGCAAAUGCCGUCGGCCAAGCCGCGUCAGCCCAACAAGAAGCCAUUGCAAAUUUAGUAAAUAAUGCAGCCAAUGCGCAAGCUGGAGCGGCAGGUGCCUUUCAACAAGCCCAACAACAAAAAGUGGAAGCUAUUCAAACUGUAGCAAGCAAUGUUGCAGCUGCUCAACAACAGAAUACUCAGGCGGCAGCAGAGGUUUUAGGUAAUAUCGCAAAUGCCGUCGGCCAAGCCGCGUCAGCCCAACAAGAAGCCAUUGCAAAUUUAGUAAAUAAUGCAGCCAAUGCGCAAGCUGGAGCAGUAGGUGCCUUUCAACAAGCCCAACAACAAAAAGUGGAAGCUAUUCAAACUGUAGCAAGCAAUGUUGCAGCUGCUCAACAACAGAAUACUCAGGCGGCAGCAGAGGUUUUAGGUAAUAUCGCAAAUGCUGUCGGCCAAGCCGCGUCAGCCCAACAAGAAGCCAUUGCAAAUUUAGUAAAUAAUGCAGCCAAUGCCCAAGCUGGAGCGGCAGGUGCCUUUCAACAAGCCCAACAACAAAAAGUGGAAGCUAUUCAAACUGUAGCAAGCAAUGUUGCAGCUGCUCAACAACAGAAUACUCAGGCGGCAGCAGAGGUUUUAGGUAAUAUCGCAAAUGCUGUCGGCCAAGCCGCGUCAGCCCAACAAGAAGCCAUUGCAAAUUUAGUAAAUAAUGCAGCCAAUGCCCAAGCUGGGGCGGCAGGUGCCUUUCAACAAGCCCAACAACAAAAAGUGGAAGCUAUUCAAACUGUAGCAAGCAAUGUUGCAGCUGCUCAACAACAGAAUACUCAGGCGGCAGCAGAGGUUUUAAGCAAUAUCGCAAAUGCUGUCGGCCAAGCCGCGUCAGCCCAACAAGAAGCCAUUGCAAAUUUAGUAAAUAAUGCAGCCAAUGCGCAAGCUGGAGCGGCAGGUGCCUUUCAACAAGCCCAACAACAAAAAGUGGAAGCUAUUCAAACUGUAGCAAGCAAUGUUGCAGCUGCUCAACAACAGAAUGCUCAAGCAGCAGCAGAGGUUUUAAGCAAUAUCGCAAAUACUGUCGGACAGGCCGUUGCAAAUCAACAACAAGCUGCUGCUGGAGCGGCAGGUGCCUUUCAACAAGCCCAACAACAAAAAGUUGAAGCAAUUCAAACUGUAGCAAGCAAUGUUGCAGCUGCUCAACAACAGAAUGCUCAAGCAGCAGCAGAGGUUUUAAGCAAUAUCGCAAAUGCUGUCGGCCAAGCCGCGUCAGCCCAACAAGAGGUCAUUGCAAAUUUAGUAAAUAAUGCAGCCAAUGCCCAAGCUGGAGCGGCAGGUGCCUUUCAACAAGCCCAACAACAAAAAGUGGAAGCUAUUCAGACUGUAGCAAGCAAUGCUGCAGCUGCUCAACAACAGAAUGCUCAAGCAGCAGCAGAGGUUUUAAGUAAUAUCGCAAAUGCUGUCGGCCAAGCCGCGUCAGCCCAACAAGAAGCCAUUGCAAAUUUAGUAAAUAAUGCUGCCAAUGCCCAAGCUGGAGCGGCAGGUGCCUUUCAACAAGCCCAACAACAAAAAGUGGAAGCUAUUCAAACUGUAGCAAGCAAUGUAGCAGCUGCUCAACAGCAGAACGCUCAAGCAACAGCAGAGGUGUUAAGUAACAUUGCAAAUACUGUCGGGCAGGCCAUAUCAAAUCCACAACAAGCUGUAGCUGGAGCUGUCAGCGCUAUUCAACAAGCUCAACAACAAAAAGUGGAAGCUAUUCAAACUGUAGCAAGCAAUGUGGCAGCUGCUCAACAGCAGAACGCUCAAGCAACAGCAGAGGUGUUAACUAAUAUUGCAAAUACUGUCGGACAGGCCGUUGCAAAUCAACAACAAGCGGCAGCUGGUGUGGCUGGUGUCUUUCAACAAGCCCAACAACAAAAAGUGGAAGCUAUUCAAACUGUAGCAAGCAAUGUUGCAGCUGCUCAACAACAGAAUGCUCAAGCAGCAGCAGAGGUUUUAAGUAAUAUCGCAAAUGCUGUCGGCCAAGCCGCAUCAGCCCAACAAGAAGCCAUUGCAAAUUUAGUAAAUAAUGCAGCCAAUGCGCAAGCUGGAGCGGUAGGUGCCUUCCAACAAGCCCAACAACAAAAAGUGGAAGCUAUUCAAACCGUGGCAAGCAAUGUUGCAGCAGCUCAACAACAGAAUGCUCAAGCAGCAGCAGAAGUUUUAAGUAACGUCGCGAAUGCUGUUAGCCAAGCUACGUCAGCCCAACAAGAAGCCAUUGCCAAUUUAGUAAAUAAUGCAGCCAAUGCCCAAGCUGGAGCGGCAAGUGCUUUUCAACAAGCCCAACAACAAAAAGUUGAAGCUAUUCAAACUGUAGCAAGUAAUAUAGCUGCUGCUCAACAACAGAAUACUCAAGCAGCAUCAGAGGUCUUAAGUAACGUCGCGAAUGCUGUCGGCCAGGCCGUUGCAAAUCAACAACAAGCUGCUGCUGGUGUGGCUGGUGCCUUUCAACAAGCCCAACAACAAAAAGUGGAAGCUAUUCAAACCGUGGCAAGCAAUGUUGCAGCAGCUCAACAACAGAAUGCUCAAGCAGCAGCAGAAGUUUUAAGUAACGUCGCGAAUGCUGUUAGCCAAGCUACGUCAGCCCAACAAGAAGCCAUUGCCAAUUUAGUAAAUAAUGCAGCCAAUGCCCAAGCUGGAGCGGCAAGUGCUUUUCAACAAGCCCAACAACAAAAAGUUGAAGCUAUUCAAACUGUAGCAAGUAAUAUAGCUGCUGCUCAACAACAGAAUACUCAAGCAGCAUCAGAGGUCUUAAGUAACGUCGCGAAUGCUGUCGGCCAGGCCGUUGCAAAUCAACAACAAGCUGCUGCUGGUGUGGCUGGUGCCUUUCAACAAGCCCAACAACAAAAAGUGGAAGCUAUUCAAACUGUAGUAAGCAAUGCAGCAGCUGCUCAACAACAGAACGCUCAAGCUGCAGCACAAGCAUUAAGUAACUUUGCAAACGUUGUUGCAGCAGCAGCAGCAGCGAAACAAGAGGCUCAGCAACAAAAAGUUCAAAAUAAAAUAACACAAAAACAACAAGCUGCUGCUAAUUUCUUGAGUGCAGUCGGUUGAUGGAUAUUGGGGUAUUUACAAAUAAUAAAGUUUUCCCCGUGCCAAAAUGG